CAUCUCCUGCACUGGAACGGAGAGCGUGUUUCAGGCUUUCUGUCUUUCUCAUGUUGCAGCUAAACUGAGUAAUGAGACAGUGGCGGAGGCCACGGGAGAGGGAGCUCUACAGAUAAUCUGAUUCUCAAGGAGUUGCCAAGAACAGGAGAUGUGCUGAGAAAAAGACAGGCAGACAGAGGAUGAGAGGGGAGAAGAAGAAGGGAUUGGACACUGGUCAGGUAGAAAGGGGCGGGGAGGAGGACGGGAGAGAACGAGGGGGCACCGCUAAUGCAGCAUAAUUAGUCAGGGCUGCUUGGUUACCUUCAAACAAAGCUGCUGAUUUGUGGAGCAAAUGAAGAGGAGGGGAAAAAGGAAGAGAGAAAAGAGGGGGAGGAUAAAGGGAGAUGAGAGGAGUGAUUGCACCAUGCCACACACACUCAAAGCGCAGUCUCCCUUGGAGACAGUGUUGAUGCUGGAUCAAGGCAUGACAGUGCAACAGUAGAGUCUCCACAUCGCCACACUUCCACUCAGCUGUAUCACAAACCAUCAGUGACAGAGGAAGAGGAGCAAAGUCCAGACCGGAGUUCUGGGAGGAAGAGUUGACGGAGAUAUACAGUCGGAAAGGGGGCAAUCAAGAGGGUGACAAACCAGCGGAGGAGCCUGAAGAUGCUUAGGACAAGCAGGAAGAGCUGCUGAGCUUGCAGCUGCAGCAGGCUGGCCUCACUUCUAGACACACAAAUACACACAUCUUCCACUGGAGGAGAGUGCGUGGUGCCCCCAGUGGAGAAUGAAGAAGCACUCAGCCCGAGUGGCUCCUCUCAGCUCAUACAGCACUCAGGUUCUGACCUGCCCCAACUCCGAAGGAGAGGAAGGUUCAGAGUCUCACACAGAAACUCCAUGCAGUGAGGCCAGUGGGGAGAGUCGGUUCAACCAAACAUGUGCCAACACUGCUCUGAAGGUGCUGGGUGGUCUUCUGAUGGUGCUGUGUGUUUCCUCCUCCUGGGUGGGUACCACUCAGGUGGUGAAGCUAACCUUCCAGUCAUUCUCCUGUCCCUUCUUCAUCUCCUGGUUCAGCAGCAACUGGAACAUCCUUAUUUUCCCCAUCUACUACUCAGGACAUGUAGUCACCACAGGAGACAAACAGACGCCCAGACAGAAAUUUAGGGAGUGCAGCAGGCUCUUUGGGGAAGACGGAAUGACUCUUAAGCUUUUUGUAAAGAGGACAGCACCUUUCUCAAUCCUGUGGACACUCACCAACUACCUGUAUCUCCUAGCCUUGAAGAAACUGACCGCCACUGACGUGUCUGCUCUUUACUGCUGCCACAAGGCGUUUGUCUUUCUCCUCUCAUGGAUUGUCCUCAAGGACCGGUUUAUGGGUGUUCGGAUUGUUGCUGCCAUAAUGGCAAUCACUGGCAUUGUCAUGAUGGCCUAUGCUGACGGUUUCCAUGGUGAUUCUUUUGUGGGUGUGGCACUGGCUGUGGGUUCUGCCUCAACUUCAGCUCUUUAUAAGGUGCUCUUCAAGAUGUUCAUCGGCAGCGCCAACCUGGGAGAAGUGGCUCAUUUUCUUUCCACUAUGGGCUUUUUCAACCUCAUCUUCAUCUCCUGUGUGCCUCUCAUCCUCUACUUCACAAGGGUGGAGCACAUAGGUUCUCUCUCCUCACUGCCAUGGGGAUACCUGUGUGGACUGGCAGGACUGUGGCUGGUUUUCAACAUCCUGGUCCACGUUGGAGUGGUGCUGACAUAUCCCAUUCUCAUCUCCAUUGGAACACUGCUCAGUGUCCCAGGCAAUGCUGCUGUAGAUGUUUUGAAACACGAGGUGAUUUUCAGCGUCGUGCGUCUGACAGCCACUUGCAUCAUCUGCCUGGGAUUCCUGCUCCUGCUUCUGCCGGAGGAGUGGGACGCUGUCACCCUGCGCUUCCUUGCCACCAUCGCAGAUAAGAAGACGGAGGAGCACGGGGAGGAACUGACGGAGUCCAGCAUUCAAACUCGAAGCCGCAGUCGAGCGAACGGCACGGUCUCCAUUCCCUUGGCGUGACUUUGCUGAGCUCUUGCAUAACUAUGCUUAGAAAGGCCCUCGCUGCUUCCUCUGGUGCCCAUCCUGAGGGUGGGGCAAGAUGCUUAGUCCACAUGAUGGGCACAAUGCCUUGUUUGAACUUAAUUUGACUCUUUUUUUUUGUGAGGAAGCAGAACACGUAUGGACUUAGCCACUUGAAAAGUUUGAAACAAAAAUAAUUGCCAUGCCCUGCCCUGUCCUUCGCACGCACCCAAACCAAAAGCUGGCUGCCUUCUCCUGACAUGCCCAGUCCUGUGGACUGUAUUCUGUGAAUAGAGAGAGUGGCCGGCCAGUUUGGCCCAUUCUUAUAUGUAUUUCAUAUAUUUAUUUCAAUAUCUAACAAUAAAAUAAUCCUUUUAAAAUGCUACUGAAUAGUACAACAAAUGAAAACUGUUAUUAUAUGCUCAUUGUACAGGCUCUUGGUUUUUUUAUUAAAGGAUUAAGAAUGCUUGUA